AUGCGCGGAUUCACUCUCGUAGGCACGUUAGCCUGGCUACUCUCGUGUUCGACUUCAUAUGCGAAGUGGGUACGAAUUUCUGAUUGGGGCGAGAACCCGACACAUCUGGACUUGGACGCAUAUAUUCCCGCGGAGUUGGAGGAUAAGCCCGCUGUCCUUCUUGCCCUACACUAUUGUGGCGGAUCGGGGAAAGCGUAUCAUGCAGUGGCGAACUUUGACGCUUAUGCUGAGGCAAAAGGGUUUAUUGUAGCUUACCCAUCCACCAAAAUGGACGACAGCUGCUGGGACGUUAAUUCCAAUAAGUCUCUCACAGUCGACGGAGGAGGCGACAGCACUGGUCUGGCAAACAUGAUGAGGUACUUCAUCAAAGCCUAUAACGCAGACCCGAUGAGAAUCUACGUUCAAGGCACGUCUUCUGGCUGUAUGAUGACGAACGUGCUCCUGGCCACUUAUCCGGACAUAUUCAUGGCCGGAUCUUGCUAUUCUGGUGUCCCAGCAGGCUGCUUGGCGGGCUCACCCGGAUCGAGCCCACAGAGUGCUGAUUCCAAAUGCGCCAACGGCCAGAAUAUUAAGACGGGCGAGGAGUGGGCAGAGAUAGUCCGAGCUAUGAACCCAAGAUGGAACGGAGUAUAUCCACGUCUGCAAACAUUCCACGGUGACGGGGAUGAGUUUGUCAGCUAUAGAAACCUACAAGAGCAGCUGAAGCAAUGGUCGACUGUCCAAGGGGUCAAGUUCACUAAGAAUGUUACAGAUACGCCACAGGGAGGCUAUACUCAGAUGCUAUACGGAGAUGGUGGUUACUUGGUUGGGAUUUCUGCUCACAAGGUUGGCCAUGUGGUUCCUGUGAACCGAGACGCCGACAUAAUGUGGUUUAAUCUAGGUUCUGGGACUUAA